AGAGCCACUGGGCGGGGGAUUAAGCCUGCAUCACGUGGUUCCUUUAGCUUCUUUCGCACACAAACACACACACACACACACACACAUACACUCAUUUCCAGAGGACACACACACACAGUGAUCCUCUCACAUACACACUCACAGCUGUUGAUACUUCUUUCUCAAAUGAACGACGAGGAGAAAAGGAGCCCGGACAGGAAUCCACAAGAGAAAGCAGCUCCGCAGUUUGCUUACCAAAGAGUAUCUGAAUGGAGGCUCUAGACAGACAAGUACAGUGAUUUAUAUUUCUGAUUAUUUUGGUUCAUAUCCGGCUGCUGCUCUCGUAAUCAUCAUUGCUCUGUGAGUGGGAGUUUUUUUUCUGAUAUCAAGCAAAAGGGAGAAAAAGACAUGUGCUUUUAUUUUUGCUUUGCCACCUACCACCCCUGCCAGUUAUUUCCUUAUCACUGACCGAGGAGGAAGUACAAGGUCAAAUUCAUAGCAGCAGCCAUUCAGCGAAGAACUGAAGCCAACCAGGCAUGAGCGUCGACAGCCACCAGGGGGUUGUGACCUCCCCUCCCCCACCCAGUGGCGGGAUGAAGGAGCGCUACUUUGACCGAGUCAACGUCAACGAUCCGGAGUACCUCAGAGCCAGGAAUAUGUCGCCUGAUCUCCGGCAGGACUUCAAUGUCCUGGAGCAGAAGAAACGAGUCACACAGAUUUUACAAAGCCCUGCCUUCAAGGAUGAGUUGGAGAGUCUGAUCCAAGAGCAACAGCGCAAAGGGAACAACCCCACCGGCCUGUUGGCCCUCAGACAGAUUGCUGACUUCUUCAUGGCGAGUUCAGUGGCCGGUUUCAGUACUUCCCCACUUAGUUUGGGGAUGGUCACUCCCAUUAACGACCUGUACGGCGUGGAACCAAGUACCAUGGUGAAAGGAGAGAAGCUGACACGCUGUAAACUGGCCAGCCUCUACCGGGUGGUGGACCUGUUCAGCUGGGCCCACUUUGCCAGCUCCUACAUCACUGCCCGAAUCAGCAAAGAGCAAGAUCACAUCCUCAUCAUUCCCAGAGGACUGUCAUUUGCUGAGGCAUCUGCAUCAAACCUGGUGAAGGUCAACAUCAUCGGAGAGGUCAUCGAGCAGGGCUCAACCAACCUGAGCAUGGACUCUGCUGGUUUCAGCCCCCACGCUGCCAUCUACGCCAUGCGUCCAGACGUCCGCUGCGUCAUACACGUGCACACUCCUGCUAUGGCUGCUGUGUCAUCUAUGAAGUGCGGCAUCCUGCCCAUUUCUCAGGAGUCGCUCAUUCUGGGUGACAUUGCGUACUUCAACUACCAGGGCAGCUUGGAUGACCCAGAGGAGCGCAAAGAGCUGCAAAAAGCACUAGGGCCGACUGCAAAGGUUCUGGUACUGAGGAAUCACGGCAUGGUAGCUCUGGGUGAGACCUUGGAAGAGGCCUUUUACUACAUCUACAAUGCACAAUAUGCCAGUGAAAUCCAGGUGAACGCCAUCUCGUGUGCCGGCGGCAUCGACAACCUGAUCUUGCUUGACCAAGAGAAAUACAAAUCCCGUGUGUACACUGUAGCCGCAGAAGUCUCCGCAGUCAUACACAGUCCGUUUAAGUGGAAAGUUGGCGAGAUGGAGUUUGAGUCUCUGAUGAGGAUGCUGGAUAACCUGGGCUACAGAACAGGUCACACCUAUCGCCAUCCCAUUGUGCGUGAGAAGCCGAGGCACAAGAGCGACGUGGAGAUCCCCGCCACCGUCACAGCGUUUAUGUUCGAAGAGGACAUGGACCCGACACGAUUGCCCUUCAAGUUUCUACAGCAGCGACAGCAGAGGGAGAAAACACGCUGGCUUAACUCGCCCAACAGCUACACCAAGGUCAACGUGGAGGGCGGACACGAGCGCUACAACCACAACAGGACAAUCACGUGGAUGAAGGCAGAGGAGACCGGAACCCCGAUCUGUAUCGAGGACCCCAAUCAGUUUGUCCCUCUCAACACGGACCCCAAUGAGGUGCUGCAGAAGAGGAACAAAAUUAGAGAGCAGAAUCGGUGCGAUGUGAUGACAUCAGGACCUCGGUCUCAGCAUCUCGCUGGUAUCCCGGUUGAUCAACCACGACGGGAACUGGUGCAGAUAAACAUUCUGCCAUACGUGCCCACAGAGGAAGAACAGAUGGCCCCACUGCCUCCCAACCCUUUCAAUGAGCUGUCAGAGAAGGACCUGGAAGAGUAUCGCAGAAACGUGGAGAGGGGGCAACUGGGUCUUGAUGGCGAGCACGAGCUAACCUCUGAUGACGGCUCCACACUCUCUCAGUCUCUGUCACUCACCCAGUCGCCGCAAAGCACUCCGGCUAAACAAGUCAACCACUCGGGCCUGACGAACGGCAAAGACAACCACUGCGACGUGGACCAAGAGCUGUCCAAGCGUGUCAGCCAGCUUGACACCAGCGUGGAGAGCGUGGAGAUCACGGUGCGCCCCGGCGAGAAGAUCGAGGAGGUUCUGUCUCAAGAGAGCUCGCCUUCCAAGUCGCCUAAUACUAAGAAGAAGAAGAAGUUCCGCACCCCGUCCUUCCUGAAGAAGAACAAAAAGAAAGAGAAGACGGAGGCCUGAGCAGGCAAGAAAACGAGGAGAAGGUGGUGUCUUUUAUGUUGUCUUUGUUUUUUUCUCUCCUGUUAUGGUUUGGAUUAUUUUACAAUUUUACAAAAAAAAGGGUUUUAUAUGCUAAAAAGCAAAAAUAAGUGAUUAGGGUCGAAUGCCGUGGGUUGCUGACCACAUAUGCAGUACUUUGACGUGGGAUCCCUGCAGGCUGCACCAUGAUGCUGGAUCAACUGGAUCCUCCUGUGUUGUCUUCUCAUCUCAUCGUAGUCGAAAAAAAAAUGGAUUGCAACAAAACUGCACUGUAUUGUAUUGUGGUCCCUUUGCCUACGGUUCGAGCCCCCUCACCGAGAGGCUUCAUGAAGUCACACUGGACACUUUCCCCCUUCCCUUAGUGGCCACUGGGGAUGUUUACUCCUUGUAUUCAACAUGGCUGCAGCGACUGGAGUCGGAGUUGUGUACCAUUUAGCGUCGUCGACAUCUCAAAAAUACUAUACUGUAUAUUUAUGUAACAUUUCACUUUUCCUUCUUUUUUCUGCAAUUUUAGUUAUAAUUAGAAUUCAUCUCAUGAGAUCUGAUGUUUUUAUUCAACGUUUGCUUUGAGUCAACGUCCUUUUCUACUCAUUUCGAAGCUUUUCCAGGCACCAAAUUUGUGUCUUUUUUUUUUUUGUGAGGAGUGCAAAUCAUAUUCUAAAUUAGAGUAGACAAAGUUAUAUAUAACACAAAUACACGACGACUGGAUAUGUCAGCUAUAGAUUUGUAACUUUAUUUUUUUAUUUGAAUGUGCUUGCACUUUUGUUGGUGAUAUGUAACCCAUUGUAGCGGCUGGUAGUUUGACCAGUGAAGGGACUGGAAAGUAUUUGGUCAAAGUUGUGCAAGAAGUAGCAAAAGCCUGGAAGGCCUGGAAAUGAAGCCAAGCGAGGACACACGGAAAGUGUUUAGCAAGAAGGAGGAAAGGCUGUCUCGUGUGUAAAAAUGAUGUCUGAACUCAGCAAAAAGUUGUUUAAAAAAAAAAAAAAAAAAAAGCAGGAAGUGCAGUGCUGAUACACCAUGUCUAAUAAUAAGAGAAUCACAAGGACUAUUAGGGCCACACUGGAAACUGGAAAAACUACAAAUUUCUGUUGUUGUUGUUGCAAUUUAAUAUUUUUACACCAGAAAAUUAAAAAAAAAAAAUUUCCCUCAUAGCUCUAACAUGAUUCUUGUAAAAUGUAAACUUUAUUAUUUUUAUAUUAGAAUUAGUGAUGUCCGAUAUUGGCUUUUUUGCGGAAAACCCUUUUUUGUGGUGUAAUGAACACAUAUGUGUUGUAUAAUGCAACUUUUUUUUUUUUCAUGAUCAGGAAAAACAAAAUUAUGAUGAUAUCAACCGAUAUUGCAUUUUUAUGCUGAUAUUGACAUCCCUUAAUUAUUAAUUUAUGACCAGUAAUGCAGUCAUAAGAGUUUGACUAAAAUUUAGGACAUUAUUGUUAUAAUGUUAUCUUUAUUUUUGCAUGAGGAAAUUACAUUUUUGUAUUUUAAUUACAUCUUUUAUAUUGCAGUAUUUAAUCAAAUGUACUUUUUAAAAAUCAUAUGAAAUUUUUCACAUAAAAUAAUUUCGAAUAAAUGUACAACUUAUUGUGACUUUAUUCUUGUACUCUUCUGACGUCAUUUUUUUAUUGCAACAUGAUCUUGUAAAAUACAAUUCAGACUAUUUUUAAUGUUAUAAAUAACAAUAAAUGUAAUAUUUAAAUUCUAGGAUUUAUUAUGUCUUCUUCCCAGUGUGGCCCUAAUAUUCUAUGGUCGAGAAUUAUGAAGUAUGAAGCAGUGAUGACUUUUGUAAAGUGUGUUUAUAAAGAAAUCUAUAUAUGUAUGAGUGUGUUUAAAGCCAUAUUCCAAGUAGUCCAUGUUUUUAAGGGGUUCAUGGCCCUGAAAGGACCUCUUGUUGACUCACCCCAGCGACUACGUGGACAGCCCCCCCUGCCCCCAGGCGGUGAAACAACACCACAAAAGUCUUUACAGGUGGUGCUUUUAUGUUGAAUUGGAUCACUCGGCAAGCACAUUUCACUCCAAAAAGCCUGCCUUGUGCAACCUUUUAAAUAGUUUAGUAAAUGUCAGAUGAGCCACAGUUGGCCGCCAUGGCCGCCACCCUGGCUGUGGACCAAUAUCCCAGCUUGCAAUGUGAACUAGUGGAUUUAGAGGGAACGCUGCGUCUUUUAGCUGGGUCCAACAUUUGGGUAUUUUGGCUGGAGAGGGGGGGGAGUCGGGCAGCAGCCGGUCGAGGUCACGCAAGUGAAAGAUGGAGGGCGAGUUUGUACCAACAAUGAGACACCAGCAUGGUUACAUCUUCUUUCAUACCAUUUCCCCUCCUGUAAAAAGGAUUCGUCUUUGUCAUGCUCCAUUUUUAUGGCUUUCUUUAUUCUCCAUUAGUUCGCAGAGAGCACUAUAUUGUAGUAUUGUUGUUUAUGAUGCAUUUUAGGAGCACAAAUUGCUUCCAAAUGAACUUAUUUCUUUGCACUUUGCGUUACUAAUGCCUCUCCCUCACCCCCAUUUUCUGUUGAGAAAAAAAAAAAAAAAAACGACAAAAAAUAUAUUCUGCUUUGGCGUGCCACAAUGAGCCAAGCGACUUUGUGACCUGUGAACCCUCACCUAUAAAAGCUAAUCUAAUAGUUGUAUCGCUAAUCAGUGUACAUUCACAAAUAAACUGUAUUUUACCAAAA